AUGUCAACCAACCUCCGCCGCAGCGACCGCAUGCGUCGGGUGGUGGUCCAGCUGCUUUCCGGACUGGGCUUGAUUGCCCUGCUCGUGGUGGUUCUCGGGUCCGCAUCGACCCAUUACGGCUAUCGCGUGCCGUGCGAUGGGGGUGACAGUGACUCCCAAGCCCUCUUCGACUACAUGUCCUUCUAUGCUUGCUCCGAGCUACUGCCGAGCCCAGUAAAGGCAGUCCUCUUGCUUCUCUGGCUGGGGCUCCUGAUCGGCCUCCUGGCGAGCACUGCGGACGACUACUUUGUGCCUCAGCUUGAAGCCCUCUCCCACUGCCUGGGCCUUCAGGAGGAUGUGGCUGGUGUCACCCUGCUUGCGUUGGGCAACGGCAUGCCUGAUGUGAUGACGGCCUGUAGCUCCAUCAACAAGGCGAAUGACCUGCCGCUGACAAUGGGUGAGUUCCUGGGCGCCGCGAACUUCAUUGUCAUCUUCGUUCUGGCCUGCAUCUUGCUUGUGAAUCCGGGGCCGACCGAAGUGGACGGCUGGCCCUUCCUGCGCGACUCGAUUGCGUGCUUGCUCGUCGUGGUGUUCAUGGUCGUGAUCACCUGGGACAACCACAUUACCCUGGCUGAAAGCAUGUCCUUCUUUUGGGUUUAUGCUGGGUACAUUGCUCUGGUCCUCCUGCCUGGACGCCUGUGUUUCCGAACGGCACAUGCCCGGGCCCUUGAGUCCGAGGUGGAGCUCGUCCUUGAACAAGCACAGAUGGGGUCAAGCAGCUGGGCCGACGAUGAGCCUACGAGCCCAACGGAUGGAAGCUUCCUUCCCCUGGCCUCCGAGUCGGAGGCCGAAGACUUCGAGGAGGGGAAGCUGGUCGUGCCGGGCUUGCAGAUGUACCCAAGGCAGACCACCCUGGGCCUCUUCUUGGCCACCUUGGAGCUGCCCUUCACUUUGGCCCGGAGCCUCUGCAUCCCCUCGGCCACCUGGAGCCAGAAGGAGCGGCUGUUGGCGGCGGCCUGCCCUGCUUGUGGUGUGCUCUUCAUGUUCCUCUCUUACGGUGGCUGGGGGGCCUUCCAGGCCUCCAGUGGCAUCCCAGACUGGGCGCUGGCUUUGGCGGCGGGUUCCUUGGCCAGCCUGGCCGUGCUCUGCGCCUCAAGCCCAGGACACCCGCCAGCCUGGCACCUGAUGCUCCUGCUUUGGGCCGUCGCCACGGCCGUCAGCUGGUUUAACUUGCUGGCCAACGAGUGCGUGGCAGUACUGGAGGCCUUCGGCCUGAAUCUGGGGAUCUCCUCCUCGGUGCUGGGCAUCACGGUGCUUGCCUGGGGCAACUCUGUGGGCGACCUCGUCGCAGACCGGGCCCUGGCCAAGCAGGGUAGGUGGAAGAUGGCAGUGGCAGGAGUGUACGGCUCCCCCAUCCUCAGCGACUUGCUUGGCUUGGGCGUGGCCUUGACCUCCCACGUCUGGCAGCACGGGGCCCUGAAGUCGGAGCUCUCCAAGCAGAACCGGAUCGCAGCCGGCUCGCUGGUUGUGGGAGUGGUCCUCUCUGUGGCCGUGAAAGCCGUCGUCCAAGCCGAGAAUGGCCGGUCAAAAAGAUCAAACGGCUACCAAGCAGUUUCGUCUUCCGCAAAGUCGUCACAUGAAGUUGAUGGUGCGGGUGGAGCAACACAUGCAGCACCGUCAGCUGUUGCGUGCACAGUUGCCAGCGGAGGCAGUGCAGCGGCGUCGUCAUCAUCAGCCUCCACAUGCACCAACGGCACCAGUCAAGCAGUCUCGUCUUCCGUAACUUCGUCACAUGGCGUUGAUGGUGUGGGCCAAGCAGCACACGCAGCACCGUCAGCUAUUGCGUGCACAGUUGCCAGCGGAGGCAGUGCAGCGGCGUCGUCAUCAUCAUCCUCCACAUGCACCAACGGCACCAGUCAAGCCGUGAUCCUUGCAACGCCGGUGUAUAUUCGGAGCUGUCCGGAGCUGAUGGCGCUGGAGUUGGAGAGCAGCCUCAUCCUGGUUUCGCGUGCAGUAUUUCAGGAGAUCGUUGAAGAGUGGAAAAGGAUGAAGAAGGCGUCGCAAAGGCGACCUGAAACGAAGUGA